GCUGCUUUUCACUUCGUCUACAUUCUUUGCCUCAUCACUGCACGGGGACGUUUCUCUUCCUGCCUACGAUAACACGCAACAAGUUCGGUGGAAGGAGAGUUAUUGGAUCUGAAUCCAGCAGCUUGCACUGCAUUCAAGGUGUGAGUGUUGCAGUGAUGGAGUGGCGUCAACAGUCUGCCGUCAGCUGUGAGCUCGCGUUCCAUGAGGCGCAGAGAUGGCUCGAGGAAGUGACCAAAAAUCGUUUUGGAAGCAAAACCUUUCGAGUGGCCUUAGAGGAUGGGAUCCUUCUAUGCGAUCUAAUCAACACACUUAAGCCAGGGAUCAUCAAGCGAGUAAACAGGCUCACCACUCCCAUCGCUGGCUUGGAUAAUGUGAAUGUGUUUCUCAAGGCAUGUGAGAAACUAGGUCUCAACGAAUCUCAGCUCUUCCAUCCUGGAGAUCUGCAGGAUGUGUCCAACCGCGUGACUGUCAGGCGUGAAGAGACCAGCAGGAGACUGAAAAAUGUUUUGAUCACCAUAUACUGGUUGGGGAGGAAGGCCCAGGCUGACCCUUUUUACACUGGACCACAGCUAAACCUGAAAGCCUUUGAAGGUUUGCUGGGCAUAGCAUUAUCCAAGGCUCUAGAGGAGUCUGUGCACUGUAAGUCGAGUGUAAGGGACAGUGGCUACGCAGAGGGCUGGUUCUCUGACAGGGAGGAUCUGUUCAGUCUGAAGCAGCCAGGCUACAGGAGAGAAGACUCCGUUGAGAGCCUGGACUCAGUGGAGUCUCGCACACUCAGUUUGGCAUCAGACAGCACCCUCAGAGCCGGCAGUGAAGGUUGCUUUAGUGACGCAGAAGCAGAACAUUGUUUCAGGAUGGCUGAUGGCAGUAAGGGUGAUUUCCAAAACAGAGAGAGGAUGCACAUUCCGUCUGCUCUGAGAAAGAAGAGGGUGGAGCACCUGGAGGGCAGGGGUUAUACAGGUCCCCUUAUUAGUGAAACUGGGAGGGGCUUAUGCCAUGACAUCCGUCCUGCUUCUGCCUUACUCCAAUGGGCAAGCAGUUACCAGAGUGACAGUGACUCGGACCAUCCUGAACCAGACCUCAAGCUGGACGACCUAGCCAGUCGCAGAUUUCACUCUGUAAACUGCGUAGCACCCAUGAACUUUGCAAUCCCUUUAAAACCCAGACGUCCCAAGGAGACCCCAAUAGGGAUCCCAAGUACUGGGAAGUCAUGGCUCACCUUGUCAGAUGCCUCAAGGCUGGCUGCAAUGCCACCCCAGAGAUCAAACCAGAGAUUGCCCAUAAGAAGAUCCCGUUACAUUGGGAGCAAAUCAAUGGGUGACAUUACACUAGAGCCCAUACCACAGGAAUCUGACAACUGCUCCAACUUAGACCUACUGGGGUCACGGCAUGUUCACCAGAGAUCUGUUGGGGAGCUGACCCUUGAACCCUCAGCCAUGCAGAGGGUUCAACAGGAGCAGUUACAGAGCAUCCAAGUCAGAAUGAGGGAAAGUGAAGCCAAGUGGCACGAUGACCUGAGUAGGUGGAAGAACCGACGACGGAGCACAAACUCUGACCUCCACAGGAAGCAAGAGGAGGUCAGAGUUACCAGCUGGGGAGGGACCAGUGCCGUCAAAACUGCACCGCUGUUUGGAGUGCCAGAGGAGAGUGCACAGGAGACCACUGGCUGCCACAUGCUUGCCACACAGGUGCAGCCUUACACCAGAGCAACAGAUCCCUUCUACACCAAGUGCACCUCCAGAAGAUCCCUGUCCAGUCUGCAGCCUGCAACCCUGGGAGAGAGAACCCACCUGGGCUCUCUCACAUCGGAUCAGGCAUUCAUACCGGUUGCUGGUUCUUCACACUCUUCCAGCUCCAGCAUGCCUGGACCCAUGAGCAAUGCUGGGUACAGAAUGACCAGCACAGGUCAAACAAGGUGGUCCACUACCUCUACUUCACCCCUCACAGACAGCAUGUCCUCUGGUCUGACCAGUGGCACUCAUGUAGAGAUGCCUGACACAGCCCAAAGGAGCACCAGUGAAUUCUUCAUUCCACCAGCAGCUGCUGGGCCAGAGCAAAGUUCACCCACCAGUCUGACCUUCUUGGAUCAAGAGCAGCAGGAUCCAGACUUGAACCGUUGUGCCAACCAGCUGGAAAACUUUUACGCAGGGGGAACACAGAACAGGAUGGCUGCUACUCUUCCUAGAGGUUUCAGAAGGUCAGAAGGUUGUUCACGGCUCUCAACAGGUGUCACACCCAGACCGUUUGGAGCCAAACCUUCCAAAGUGUCCUUAUUACCUAGAGUAUAUGCUAUGGAUGACUCUCAUACAAGUCUGAUGAGUGGGCAGAGAGACCAGUCCCUGAUCCCCUCUUUCCUCAGUGGUCAAGGAAAGCUCACAGCCUCUGCAGACAUGGACCACUCUCAUUUAAGCAAUCAUCCAAUCCAUACUAGGAAAGAGGAGGUUGGGGAAGAAAGAGAUGAAAGGUCAUCAGGACCUCCCAUUCAGUCUUUUGUCUCUAAAGUGACGGUUGCCGCUUCUCUUAAGCAAUCUCCUGUUGCCUCAGAAAGCAAGGACGUUAAGGUGGGUCAAAGUGAAAUAAGAGUCUGCUUGAAUCAGAAGCCCAAUAGUAGGAGAGACUUUGGAUUUCAGGCUCACUGGGACUCAACUGGUGCUCGUGUCAAAUCUGUCCAAGCAGGAAGCCCAGCAGAGCAGUGUGGUCUGCGGAUGGGUGAUGAGAUCGUGGCGCUGGGCAGAUGCAGGGUGGGUGAUAUGAAUUAUGAGCAGUUUAAAGACAGUAUGGACACAGCCCAACAAAAGGGCUCUUUACUGAUGGACAUCCGACGCCACGGCCAGAAUGACUGGGGCAUUGGCCACCCUUCCCUCCCAUACAAGAGCCAUAAGACCAUCAAUUUGACCAGUGACAAUUCAACACUUGUAGGGCGACCAGAGCACUACAUGUCUAUCAGCACAAACUCAAACUCACCAGCGGAGACUGUGGCGAAGACACCGGUCAAUGGACAGCCUGCUAAUGGAGUGCCUUCUAAAAUGGUGAAUAUAAGUUUCCGGGACAAUCCUGUUGCUUUAAGAAACAAAGGAGGCUCGGAGUCUGACAUCUCUGAUCUGCAGGUUCCUUCCAUCAGUGCCUCCUCCUCUGGCUGGUCAUGGGAUCAUGAAGAGGAGAGGAGGCGGCAGGAGAAAUGGCAGAUGGAGCAAGAGCUCCUCCUGCAGGAGAAGUACCGUCGUGAUCAGGAGAAGUUGGAGGAGGAGUGGAGGAGAGCUCAGCAGGAAGUCUAUGAAGAGGAGCUCAGGGGUCCUGAGGAGCAGAAAACCCACAAUGUUAUGUCAAAUGGAAAUGCAGCGCCUUAUAUUCCACCUCCCUUCAACCAAUCCACUGCUUCCAAUUCAGUGGCACCUAGUCAGCAUACAGAGAAGGUGGGGAUAACACAGAACAGACAGACCACUCUGCAAAUAGCAGCAGGACACCAUUCACAGAAGGCAGAAACCGAGUGUGAUUCAACAACAAAGAAUCAGUGGCCAGAGGAGUCCUAUGGGUUUGCCAAGCUUACAGUUUCUGACAGGACAAAGUCAAAGUCAACUCCUACACUUGAAAGCCUUCACAAACAAGAUGCAAAAGGAAGCGGUAAGAAGGGGCAGCUGUCGCAGGCAGAAAACGAACGUCUGCAGAUUCUGGAAGAGAUGAGGAAGAAGACACCGCUCCUCACAGACAGCAGCUGGAUCCGUCAGCGCAGUACCGGCAUCAACAAAGAGCCCAUCACAUUGGGAACACCAAUCAGAAGAUUUGAGUCUAUGGACAACCUUCACUCAAGUAACUCUUGGUCCAGGCAGUCUUACUCUUCAGGUAUCGCAAGCAGACCUCACUCUGCAAGGGGCAGCACUACGAUCACUUACAGAAGUGGACGCAGCAGCCUGGGCCCUGGCUCAGCCAUCUUUUCUACUGGUCUGAAACAGAGCUCCUUUUUUGCCUCCAAUUCUCCCACUCCACCAAUCACAGCUUCUACUGAGCCGUUGGUCCCAGAGUCAUGCCCCAACUCUCAGCAGCGUGGCAGAAGGAUCUCACUCUACCUGAUGUUUAACCCCAGGCUUAUCAGUGGCAGGCGAAUGUGCUCGAGGUGUGAGCAGCCACUGGGGAAGGGAGCUGCCAUGGUCAUCGACUCCCUGGAGCUCUGUUUUCACAUUGGUUGCUUCAAGUGUGUCAGCUGCAGGACUGACCUUGGGAGAGGAGCUGAGUCCGGAGCUCAGGUCAGAGUCCGACACAGACAGCUCCUCUGUAACAACUGCUACUGUAGACUCCGAGUCUGUUCCACCAUCUCCAAAUGACCAAAAUGGAUUGCAUCAAAUUGAAGAGGAGUAUACCACAGAAAGGCCUGCAGGAAUUGCAACUAUUACCACAACCUAACCACCGCAACAUGCCUUAUCCACUGCUUCACUCUCAGCUAGACUUUUCACAAUCAAUAAAUCGAGACUCCUAUAGCUGUAAUUGUUCUAAUACCAUGACUUCUACAUAGUGAAAAGUUAGAACAUGUUAUUUUGGCCACCACAUCAUUGCUGCAACCCCUGAGGUUGUUUCUGUACUGGCUAACACCCAUAUUGAGAUGUAAUGUAGAAGAGUUGUGCAUUCCAUGUGGCAUUAGUGGCAAGUAAUGGCAUGUCUAAUGUGUCUCAAGAUUCCUAAGAUCUGUUUUAUAUGUUCUUUCUUUCUUAAGUGAUUCUAUUCUCAGAAAUCAUUUAAAUUUAGCACAAAUUAUGUUCUCUUAUUUCUAUAAUGCUUUAUAAGCUUUGCGCUCUCAGAUUUAUCAUAUUUAAUAAAUGCCUAGCACACUUUGUUUUUCCUCGAACUCUUAUUGGUGGUGGGGAUGGGAACUACUUUAAAGGUUGAGUCAUUGUUUUUAUGUAGAUUAAGAGGAUUUGUAAGUGCUACCUGCUAUGGUAGUAAUGUGUAUUUGAUUUAAUUGUUGUUCUGUCAUGCUCUUAAGGGUGAUGAAAUGGUCUGUCCAGUAGGUGGUGCUCUGGGUGUAAACUGUGUACAGUUCUGUUUUUCUGUUUUGAAGAUACUGGGCUCUGCCAAUCAGAUGACCUGUACAUGGGUACAGCAUAUCAUCAUAAAACAAAAAUAAGAUCAAAUUGCCUGAAAAGUUACCACCCAAGCCCCUAUGUUAGACAUUUGUGUUUGAAGUUGACAUGGAAUUUAGAUCUGCAGACUGCACUGCAUGUCAUAUUGCAGUAAAACUAAAUCAAAUCAUGUUGCUAUUUUAUUAACCCAGGUUCUCAGUUUAAGCAUAUGUGAGUGAAAUGUCAUAAUUUACUAAUUUCUUUUUUAAUCUGUACAACUUUCUAGUUUGACUUGUACAUCAUGUUCCAAGUCUUCUGUAGGUGUACAAAGCAUUUUGAUUGGAAUCAAUGGGGAAUUUAAAGGAAGAGGAAACUCAAAUAAAAACUAUCUUUAAUAAUUUACUCACAUUUAUGCUGUCUCAAACGCUCUCAUUUUUUAACGUAUUUUGAUCGAGAUGUGAUGUGAAUGUAGUCAUAAAAUGGAAGUCAAUGGGGGCCAACACUUUAAAGCUCCAACAAGGAUAUAAAGGCAGCAUAAAGGUAAUAUAUAUGAUUUAUGUGGUUUAAUCCAUGUCUUCUGAAGUGAUGCAAUCUGUUUUGUGUGAGAACAGACUAAAAAUGUAACUCCUGCUGUCUCCCAGGCAUGAUCAUGAUUUGAAACUGUAUUAUGCUUCCUAGCACUUGACACAUGCCCAGAGCCAGUGCUUAACAUGGGCAAAUGGCAAGAUUCUUUUUAAAAAGGAGUCUUAUUUUGGUCGUAUGGAUUAUCUUUAUGCUGGCUUUUAUAUCCUUUUUGGAGCUUGAAAGUGUUUGACCCCAUUGACUUGCAUCAUAUCUAGAGAUGGGAAUCAUAAGGAAUUUAACUGUUCUGAUUCCUCCUAAUUGAUUCCUGUUCCUUAUGGUUCCAGUAACAAUUCCAGUUAUGUACAUUUGAGGAAGAAUUAUUUGAAAAUGAGAAAUGCAAUUCUCACAGUUCUCAUUUAAUUUUGAGUUGGACAUUCAUAACUUGCACAACAGUGUACUAUACCAGACUAGACUGGAAGGGCCUUAUGUUUCAUGCUGUAGAUUCAAAGGAACCAGCUCAUAGGAGUCAUUCUUUUGGUAGUCGGACUAUACCGAAGCGCUGUAUGUUUCGCGCUUUAGAUUCAACAGAUCGCAUGGAUUGCCUUUGAGUAUUUCGCCUGCGGAAUUUCAGCAUGCAAAGUAUACGUGACCAUGCCUUAAGGGUCAGUAAAUGAGAGAUUAUACAUCUUUUGGGUGAACUAUUCCUUUAGGUAAUUUUUGUAAUUUUUAUUUUAAGUAAAAAUCUUGCUGAAGCGCUAUGAUAAUUAGGUCCAAAGUGGCAACUUGAGUUCUUUUUAGCACAUUUUAGGGUGAGCUGUUCCUUUAAAAAUGUUUUACUGCAGCCUGUUUUUUACCUUUGCAUGUCAUUUUUCUCUUUCUCCUCUGAAAUGGAAACAUUCCCCAGGCCUAAUAGUGGAAAUUUAAGAGUGGCUGAAAGGCAUGACCAGACAUUUCAACUUACUGUCAUGUAUUUGCUUCACCCGUCUGAAGCACUCAUCUCCAUUUCCAUCAUUGUAGCCUCAUUCUGAAUGUCUGUACAUGACAUACUUUUACUCAUACUCGCCGUUUGGUGUCCAUGCUCAUGAGUGUUGGUGUAAUAACGGUUACCUGCAUGCCUUUUUUUCUUCUACUAUACUUUCAUAACCAAAUGACCAAGCAGCUUCCAUUUCCCCAAUUCUA